AUGGCUCGCAUCUCCACGAAAAGAUUGACCAAAGAACUUUCAGAUCUCCAAGACGGAGGCUGCCCCGUGGGAUGUGCACUGAUCCAAGCUGAUGAUCUCGUCGAAUGGAAAAUAAAAAUUACUGGACCGCCCGAAACGCUGUACUCGAAUGAGAACUUUCUACUUCGUUUUCGAUUCUCUCCCCAGUAUCCUAUCGAGGCACCUGAGGUCGUCUUCUUCGUCAGUCCAUCAACCGCAACCGGGCACUCUGAGAAAGGUCCUGAAGAGGAGAAAUGGGCUGCGCCCGAACAUCCGCACAUCUAUAGUAAUGGUCAUAUCUGCGCUUCCAUACUUUCGACAGGCUGGAGUCCGGUAUUGAAUUGUGCUGCAAUUUGCUUGACCAUACAAUCUAUGUUAGCCUCUUGCAAAAAGAAGGAACGACCUGUUGACAACGACCGAUACGUGCGGAACGCUCCCAUAUCACCCAAGAAUACUCGGUGGCACUUCGACGAUGAUACUGUUUGA